UAUGAUCCAAGACAAGUUCUCUUUCAUUAUACGUUGCAGUUGUCUACUCUAAAGGCGGACGGAUUGCAUGCAAUAACAGAACAAACCGACCGGAAUUUCGACGUCGCCAUCCUCAGCAUGGCCGUCCAAAAAUCUCUGUUGUGGUGGACGGUUGGUAGGUGUUUGUUAUAGAUAAUGAAGAGGCAUACCUCCAUUAGAAUUGCCAGUAUGACUUGAAUGGGGUAUGUUGCGUCGCCUCCACGGAGAGCUAAUGCCGUACCGAUGGUAUCGAUAAGUACGGUUGCUAGCAUGUCCCU